AGCGUUGGCAGAGCCGGGGACGAGGAACGAGGAGAAAGCAAGGGGAACGAGCGGGAGGGAGGGAAGCAGGAGCGACGCAGACCCUCGCUUUUCUGAUCGUAGGGAUGUGAUCUCACCCGGUGCUUGGUCGAUUUGACUUACUCGCCUUCCACCCGCGACGUCAGAGUCCAGGCCGCGUGCGUUUACGUCCAUCCUCUCGCCAGUGCAUAAGGGCUGGCCAGCGGAGGCCGGAGAAUUGUAUUCCUUGUAUGAUAGAUUUGUGAGUGCCGCAGCAGCAACAGCAGCAGCUUUGGCGAGUGAGCGAGUGGGUUUGCUUUUGUAUUCGAGAUUCUUUCUCUCUUCCCUUCUGUGCAUACAGAGACAUUUGUAAAUUUUUGUUUAUACGGAACUGUUGCGUCGCACUGUGUGGUUUGAUUGUUCGUGCGCCGCUUUACCAUCAGCAUCAAGUACAUACAUAGUACAUACAAUACAAUUGACAUCAAUUCGUCGACAUAAAAACAGUGUUCCUUUCGAUCAUCUACGCGUCGAUCGGCCGCCCUUUGCUUGUGGGAGUCUUUUAGCGUUGGUAGCUAGCUUUUGGAGGGAGGACAGCGGAGAUUGCUCGAGGACUUUAGGAGAGGAGGCGAGGCGAGGCGAGGCCGUGCGGUUCUGUCAAUUCAGGAGGAGGACGGAGGCAGGCUUUAGGAGGAGGAGGAGGAGGAGGGAUCCGUUGAAAUCCAGUGCGCGAAGCGUUGUAGCGAGGAAUUGCCUGCGACAACGAUGAUGGCGAGCUCGGUGGCAGUUCGGUCAAUUACGGGGCCUCAUGCGUCGACAUCGUCGCUCUCGGAUUACCACUCGUCCGUGUCGACGGCGCGCCUGGCGCACCCAAUUCUGUCGAGGAAAUCGCCCUCCUCGUGCGCGCUGGCCGCCAGAAAAUCGCUGCAACCCUCGCACAGCUUCUGCGCGCACGAGGGCUUGAGAAUCGCGUCGUCGUGCGUCGACGUGAUGCGCCCCAUCUCCUUGGCCGAGGGCUUCGACGCGGCCGUGAGUUCGAGCCUGAGCGCGCGCGAGAGCAGCGCGGCCGGCGAGGCCUGCUGCUCGCCGGGCACGCCGUUUGACGAGCCUCGCGGGCGGGCGCGCAGGGCCGUGGUGACGGCGGUGUUCGAGCGCUUCACCGAGCGCGCCAUCAAGUCGGUGAUGCUGGCGCAGCGCGAGGCCAAGGCGCUGGGGCGCGGCGAGGUGGGCACGGAGCAGCUGCUGCUCGGCCUGAUCGCCGAGGACCGCGGCAGCGACGGCUUCCUGCGCACCGGCGUCACCAUCGAGCGCGCGCGCGACGCCGUGCGCGGCCUGACCGUUGAGCGCAGCGGCAGCGCCAGCUCCUUCAGCCCCGACAAGCCGGCCACCGAGGUGCCCUUCUCGCACGGCAGCAAGCGCGUCUUCGAGGCCGCCCUCGAGCACUCGAAGCAGAUGGGCCACAAUUACAUCGCCCCCGAGCACAUCGCCAUCGCCCUCCUCGCCGUCGACGACGGCGGCGCCUCCCUCGUCCUCGACAGAUUGGGGCUGAGCAAAGACAAGCUGCACUCGGAGGCGGCCACGAGGCUGCAGGGCGAGCUCUCGAAGGAAGGCCGCGCGGCCUCGUCGUCUCAGGCCGUGCCCCAGAAGGCUGCCGCGGGCGCCACCACCACCACCAACAAGCGCGCGGGUAGCAGGAAAGACAAGGGAGCGUUGAAUGAUUUCUGUGUGGAUUUGACUGCCCGUGCCGGGGAGGGCAAAAUCGAUCCGGUGAUCGGGCGCGAUAAAGAAGUGCAACGAGUGGUUCAAAUUCUCGCCAGGCGGACCAAGAACAACCCGAUUCUGCUCGGGGAGCCCGGAGUUGGAAAGACUGCCAUUGCCGAAGGCUUGGCUCUGCGCAUUUGCAAUGGCACCGUACCUGAAUUCCUCAUUGGCAAGCGAGUCAUGUCUUUGGAUAUGGGUUUGCUGCUGGCUGGUGCCAAGGAGCGUGGUGAAUUGGAAACUAGGGUGACAAAUCUUGUCGAGGAGACCCGAACUGCUGGUAAUGUGAUUCUACUCAUCGACGAGGUGCAUACUCUGGUGGGUUCUGGCUCAGUCGGAAGAGGAGGAAGUAGUGGUGCAGGUUUAGAUAUUGCCAAUCUUCUGAAACCGGCAUUGGCCAGAGGUCAACUACAGUGUAUUGGUGCAACAACUUUGGACGAGCAUAGGAAGCACAUUGAGAAAGACAAAGCUCUGGCCCGAAGGUUCCAACCUGUGAUGGUGAACGAGCCGACUCAGGUCGAUGCUAUCGAGAUAUUGAUGGGAUUGCGUAGUAGGUAUGAGGAACAUCACAAAUGUAGAAUUACAACAGAGGCAGUGGAAGCAGCUGUAUAUUUGUCGUCACGGUACAUUGCCGAUAGGUUUCUUCCCGAUAAAGCAAUCGACCUUCUUGAUGAAGCCGGAAGUCGAGCUCGUAUCAAUGCUCACAGGCGAAGGAAAGAACGACAAGUGAGCAUCCUCAGUCAGUCUCCCAGCGAGUACUGGCAGGAAAUCAGGAGUGUUCAGGCAACCCAAGAAGCGGCGUUGGUUUCCACCACGGGCGUUACCGAUUAUACAGCUCAAAAUGCAUCCGGUGCAGUCGGAUCAUCAGUUUCAACUGUGUCAGUGCCAGAAAAUGAAAGCCUGGGUUCAAAACUUCUUGCGGAGGACGAAAUGGUUGACGGGCCGGUUGUGGUGGGACCUGCAGAGAUCGCCCAUGUUGCAUCGAUGUGGUCGGGAGUUCCUGUGGAGCAGUUGACUGAAGAUGAGCAGUUGAAAUUGCUUGACCUGGAGAAGUUGCUCCGUACUCGUGUGGUAGGUCAAGAGGAUGCUGUUAGUGCCAUUUCCAGGGCAGUCAGGCGCGCACGCGUCGGCUUGAAGGACCCAGAUCGUCCUAUUGCGGCCAUGCUUUUCUGUGGCCCAACAGGAGUGGGAAAGACAGAACUUACCAAAGCUUUAGCACAACACUACUUUGGAGCAGAGGAAGCUAUGAUAAGGUUGGAUAUGAGCGAGUACAUGGAGAGACACACAGUCAGUAAGCUCAUCGGGUCUCCUCCUGGCUACGUUGGCUACGAUGAUGGUGGUGCCCUGACAGAGGCGGUGAGAAGGCGACCAUUCACUGUGAUUCUUAUGGAUGAAAUUGAGAAGGCUCAUCCUGAUGUCUUCAAUAUCUUGCUCCAGAUUUUUGAAGAUGGACAUCUAACUGAUUCACAGGGACGGAAGGUGUCAUUCAAAAAUACCUUGAUCAUCAUGACUUCCAAUGUUGGAUCACAAGCAAUUGCCAAGGGAGGAGGUAACCAAAUUGGAUUCACCUUCUCAGAUGAGGCUGAUGGUGGUAGAUAUAGUGCUUUGAAGGCAAUGGUCAUGGACGAACUCAAAGGUUACUUCAGGCCCGAGCUAUUGAACAGGCUGGACGAAGUUGUGGUCUUCAGAUCUUUGGAGAAAUCUCAGGUUCGCGAGAUCGUCGAUAUGAUGUUGGAAGAGACGAAAACUCGAUUACUUGCGCGAGGAGUUGGGUUGGAAAUAACUGAAGCAAUGGUGCAGCUUAUCUGUGACCAAGGUUAUGACCGUGCCUACGGCGCUAGACCUCUGAGAAGAGCACUUAUUCGGCUUGUGGAAGAUAAUCUGAGUGAAGCAUUACUGGGAGAAGACUAUGAAGCGGGAGACACUGCUUUGGUGGAUGUUGAUGAAACUGGUAAUCCCACUGUUGUUCGCCAUGUGAAGCCCGACCGAUGUGAUCACGGGCUCUGUCUGGAUGUUUUGAAGCCUGUUCUGCCGUUGCUCUCUUGACCGAAGCGGAGAGGCAGCACUGAAUUAUUGUAGAAAUUUGAGUCUCGAAGGAUCCUGUCUCUCCUCGUAGACUUGCAGGGUUUGAUCAAGAAGAGGAGUUUGCACUGGAAUGUGCACUGUUUUUUGAGGUUCGUCUUAAUGUAGAAGCAUUGGUGUGUUUGUUCUUCUCCCGAUGUAUUAUGUGAAGUAGUACUUCUGACCACUAAGCAGCGGAGCAGAGAUCUCUGCCUGCUCCAGUAGGCAAGUUUAGCGGGCAGGAGUAGUUGGUCCAAGGGAGCAAUUCAUAUGGGUUUUUAGGGAGCGUAGAUUGAUAGUGAGAGCAUGUCACUCCAGGGCCUGCAGGUUGUCUGCUCUCUAGUUGCUUGGCAGAAUAUUAAACUGCACUUUCUGAGGAACACUGUGUUCUGGGAAAGCAAGCUGGAACUACUCAAACAUCAUGAAUUUAAAUUCUCUCAAUUUUAGAUGUAGAAAGCCGAGAUCGGUGUAGAACAUAAUUUUUCAAUUGCGCUUCCGAAUUCUCUCAGUUGGACAAGCUGCGAACUUCGAAAGGAAUGUGUAGAAAAGACAUGUAUAUAAUUGUAAUAGUGCACGUUGCAGACGGCAAUCGCAUUGUAAGCCUGCUGCUAUUUUGUUAAUACAACAAUUUUUGAUCAAAAACUAUUCU